UGUUAGUAUAACAACACAAAAGCGGAAAAAUUUAGCUGCGUUUAUAUUUUCGUCGUUUUGAGGUGUUUGUUAAUUAAAAUUUGGAUAGGAAGAAUCCAUUAAAGGUACUAUAAAAAAUCUUUGUUUGGUGAUUGAAGUCAAUAGGUGAAGAUCUCUGAACUGUUUUCGAGUAUUUAAAAUCCCGGGGGUGGAUUUAAUUUUUAAUAAAAUGAAUGAAGCAGCAUUGGCUAGUAUGAUUUAUAACGACCCUAUAGGCAUCUAUGAACAGCCCAGGCCACGUUUUAUUUUCAAAAUGCCGCGCGUGGUGCCCGAUCAAAAGGCAAAAUUUGAGAGUGACGAAUUAUUUCGUAGAUUAAGCCGCGAAAGCGAGAUACGCUAUACUGGCUACCGUGAGCGUGCUUUAGAGGAACGCCAAAUGCGAUUCCACAAUGGUUGCCGGGAGGGUCAUACCGAGAUCUCGUUCGUGGCAUCGGGAACCAAUCUGCAGCUAGUUUUUAAUGCAACCCAGAAUCCGUACUUACACGAUAAAGAAUGCGACUUUGAUAAGGAGCAUGGUAAAGUGUACAUAAAGUCAUACUUCAUAAUGAAUGGUGUAUGUGUGCGCUUUCGAGGUUGGCUAGAUUUGGAGCGCUUAGAUGGUUCGGGCUGCCUAGAGUUCGAUGAACGGCGAGCCAUGCAUGAAGAUCAAAUAUUACGUGAACAGAUCGAACGAUACAAUUUGCGUUUACGCGAGUUCGAAGAUUCAAAACGUGCAUAUCGCGAUAGCCGACCAGAGGUUGAUAUGGAAGCUGUACGGCGUGGUGUGCCAUCAGGUGGCAUUGGUGUAGGUGCUAGUAUGUGGCGACGCUAAAAAGUGCUUUAUCACGUUUAAGAAAACAGCAGUAGAAUUAUUGUGCAGCCAUAUAUUGGACAAUAGUUAAGACUUAUGAAAAAUAACCUAAAUAUAAAACAAACAAAAUACUAAAAUAUCUAUGCUAAUGCUUUGAUCAAUUUUUUAAGGAUAAUAAUGCAUUAAGAAGUUCAGUUUUAUCCUUAUUUUUUACGAUAUUAUAUUAUGAUAAUAAUAUAAAUUCUUACUGCUUACAUUUAAAAUCUAGUAUUAUGAAGUGUAAAAUAUGCAUCCAUUAUGUCGUAUGUUUUAUGGGAAUUAAAUGUCUUUUGUGAGUAAAAA